UCGGCCUAUCAUAGUUCUGUGAUGAGCAUCGAGAUACCUGCUGGCUUGAUGGAUUUGCUGCAAGGAUACACUGUGGAGGUACUGCGGCUCCGACCGCCAGAUUUGGUUGAAUUUGCAAUCCAAUAUUUCACGCGUCUACAAGACAGCCGAAAACACGACAGGCAUGUCAAAGAAAGCUUAGCUGAUUCUACACGGGAAGGAGUGGCUUUUGAUAGUUUUUCAGUUGAAUCAAAUGAAGAUGAAGACUCUGAUGAUGCCUAUCUGCCCCCCUCCAACCCUAAUAAAUACAGUCGCAGACAAUCUGUCUGUGCAGAGGCCUAUAACCCAGACGAUGAUGAGGAUGAGGACUUUGAGCCGCGGGUGGUACACUCCAAAUCAGACGAGCAGCGUCGCAGACUCCAGGACGCCUGCCGAGACAUUCUACUGUUCAAAACUCUCGACCAGGAGCAGUUCUCAGAGGUUCUGGAUGGCAUGUUUGAGGUGUUGGUCAAACCACAGGAGCACAUCAUAAACCAGGGGGAGGAUGGAGACAACUUCUAUGUCAUAGAGCGGGGUGUGUACGACAUUGUAGUGCUGAUUGAUGGAGUUGGAAAGUGUGUGGGGAAGUAUGACAAUAAGGGCAGUUUUGGGGAGCUGGCUCUCAUGUACAACACCCCGCGCGCUGCCACUAUCAUGGCCACCCAGGAGGGGGCACUGUGGGGAUUGGAUCGGGCCACAUUCCAUAGACUCAUAGUGAAGAACAAUGCCAAGAAGAGAAAGAUGUACGAAGCCUUCAUUGAGUGUGUACCCCUUCUAAAGUCUCUCGAGCUCUCUGAGAGGAUGAAGAUUGUUGAUGUCGUGGGAAUGAGAGCGUUCAAAGAUGAGGAGUGCAUCAUAACACAGGGGGAGAAGGCAGAUUGUUUCUACAUCGUGGAGUCGGGCCAGGUGAAGAUCAUGAUAAUAAGCAAAACUAAAGCAGGACAGCUGGACAAUGCAGAGGUGGAGAUUGCACGCUGCUCUAGAGGCCAAUACUUCGGAGAGCUGGCUCUGGUCACCAACAAACCACGUGCAGCAUCCGUCUAUGCUGUAGGGGACACCAAGUGCUUGGUAAUAGACAUUCAGGCAUUUGAGCGUUUGCUGGGUUCCUGUAAGGAGAUCAUGAAGAGGAACAUUUCCCAAUACGAGAACCAGCUGGUAGCUCUGUUUGGUUCUAGUGUAGAUUUGAAACAUUAAAGUAUAAUUGUAAGAAACAGCACACUAACACAAUCCCACAGAGUGCUUCCUAAACGCAUACUAGCUUUACAUACUUACACAAGAUAUUUGUUGACAUUUAACUGUAGAAUCUACUGGACCUGAUUUAAUAACUGAUAUCAACGUUACGUGAACUGUCUCAAAUUACUUUGAUCAUUUUGUUUAUAUGUAGUAUUUUCCUUUGACUAUUGUUGUGGAAGUAUCUGUAUUGUUUACCGUGUUGACUUGGCAAUUGUUCAUGCAUUUUAGCCCAAUUUAUUGAUAAUUCUAGCCCAAUUGCUCCCAAACAAACAGAUGCUGUUUUUGUACUGAAAUUGCCUUGAGGUCAAAGGUCCAUCAAUCAAAUAUUAGUAUGUGCUUUGAUAUGGAAAUACUUUUCAUCUACAGAUGGGGAGAUUUCAUAAAUGUAAUCCCUGGUCAAGAUGUUGUCAAUAAAGUAAAUGGA